AUGGCCUACGCUCGAUUGUCGGACGACGCCUCGAUAGAGAGUCCAUACGAGAAAGCAGAACCAUCUGAGUCACUGCUUCAGAACUCCGCUAGAUACUUUUCGUACAAGAACUUGUUCGGUGCUUCUCUUGUUCUGUGGAUAGUAACGUUAGCCACGCUUGCUUGGGUGCUGGAUCAGAGGCCCUCGACCUACGGGAACCAUGCUACAAAUUCAUUGCCAUUUCCUCCAGUGCCGUUCCGCAUGAUCACUUUCGAUCCAAACCCAAGAUUUCACUAUACAGCUAAAGAUGCAGGAGAGUCCGCGUGGUCGGCUCUAAUGCCCAAUGACGGAGGUAUCAUCUCUAUAGCCAGUCCCCAAAGGUACCAGCUACCCGUGAGCUACAAGGAUCGAAACGUCUCCGGCGCGGAAGUAUAUUCGAUGUCCAUGUUCCACCAGCUGCACUGCCUGAACUCGAUUCGUGUGCGGCUCGGAAUAUUGGAAGGCUUCAUCAACGAGACUGUUGGAAACAUACAAAGAAGGGAUGUCUUUGCGCCGGAAUCGCAUGUGAACCACUGCUUUGACUACCUUCGCCAGGAGAUCUGUCUUUGGAGCAUUCCGUUGUUCCAGAUGAGUUUCGGUUUCAACGGUUGGGGAACAUCGCACCAAUGUGCGGGUUGGGAUGCGAUGUGGGAUAUUGCGGUGCAACAUCGAUACGAUCAGGGUAUUAGGCAAGAAGCUGAAAGGGUUAGAUAG